CAUCAUUUGGUGUUGUCGAAAGUAGUCCGGAUAUCCCUGCAUAUCCUCUUGAAGGCUGCAUGCGUGAUCACUCUCUAUCUAGGAUAAGCCCGCUCGGAGUCUUGAAGCUUCGCCGCGGCUUGGGAGCUUCCUAACGAGGCGAUCUCGAUGCCGAAAGCUUGCGUAUACACGGACGGCACUGUGGGGCGGUUACUUCGCGUGCAAUGGCACAACAAGCGAAUUGCUAUUGCGUGUACGCGUAUAUCACGGCUUGCUCGAAAUCCCGAUCCGAUCGGGAAAGCUACAGAAUAAAACUCUCGUUUGUACAGCGCAGCCGGAGACUACUUCUGCCUCACUUUUGACAGACGAAGCCCUGUGCAAUUCCUCAUUCGCGCAUCAUCAUAUCCCUCUUAUCCUUGAACAAUCAGCAUGGGGAUCCUAUCAGAAGUGUACUAUGCCGCCGUCUUGUUCUGGCGUGUCUUCUUCCCUCGAGGCGACUUUACUACAGCUACGAUGCCUGACCUCACGGGCCAUGUAAUUGUGGUCACAGGCGGAAAUACCGGCAUUGGUUGGGAGACGAUCAAGGCUCUCCUGGAGCAUAAUGCCAAAGUAUAUAUGGCGUCGCGCAGCAAACAGCGCGCUGAGGUAGCCAUUGCACGUCUGAAGGAGGAAACGGGCAAGGAAUCGAUUUUCCUUGAACUGGAUUUGGGUAACUUGAAGUCGGUGCGGAGGGCUGCUGAUGAGUUCCUAAGCAAGGAACAGGAAUUGCAUGUGCUAUUUAAUAACGCUGGCGUCAUGACCCCUCCCAAAGAACAGCUUACCGCGGACGGUUACGACCUGCAGUUCGGCACUAACGUCAUAGGCCACUUCCUGUUCACCGAACUGCUCAUGCCUGCACUCUUUGCUGGCGCCCAAUCGUCUCCCGAUCACCACGCGCGCAUUAUCACGACCUCUUCCGGCGCUGCUAUGCUCGGUCAUAUCGACUUUGAUUCUUGGAAGGAAGGCACCGGCCGACAAAAGGCAUCGGUCAGAUCCUUGUAUGGUCAAAGCAAACUUGCGAACGCGAUCGUCGCAAGGCAGAUCGCGAAGCGAUACGCGGAUAAGGGGAUCAUCUCCAUCUCUGUUGACCCAGGGAGUAUCAAGAGCGAUCUUCAACGUUACGCCAGGCAGCGCACCGGGGUCGAAGGGUUGCUCAUAAGCAUCGUGUUAAAGCUCCUUCUGCGCCCGACGCCUUUCGGCGCGCUUACGCAACUGUGGGCGGGGACGAUGCCCGAGGCGAUCAAUGCCAAUGGAGAGGUACGCAUCCUGCUCCUGUUUGCUUCACGGUGGGAUGGAGAGUAAAUUAUCGCUUUAUGCAGUUCGCGGUCCCGACCGCACAAGUCGCUAAAUGUCGC